AUGGAAGACACUCUUUUGAACACAAUUGAUCGUCGUCUUAAGGAUUUAUCCUUGAACAUUGAUCCCGAAGGAUCUUCGAUAACACCAUUUGAGAUUAUUGAUGAAAGUGAAGCUAGGAGUGACAAUGAAAAUUCUAUGACUAAUUUAGAUUACACCUCUUCAGAUGAAGAAUCAGUGGAGGUAUUAGACGAUAGUGGUUUUGUUGAUUCUGAAGAAGAUGAUGGGGAAAGUAGUUCGGAUGAAGAAUCACUAAAUGGUCGUCGCAUAUCAAAAUCACUUUCGAAUUCUAUCUACUCAAUUCUCUCUCAACAUUCCGAACAAGAUUACGCCUAUACAGACGAGGAAAAUCUUCAACUUUAUGGUAGAUGUGAUGAAUGUUCCCGCCCAUUCACCUCGGAAAAUUGGUGUGCAGCAUGUCAAAGUAAAGCUUAUUUUGAUAAGCAAGAAUCAUGGUCAAUUGAAAAUAUGCAGAUCAGAAAUAGGAUAAUCGAUUCACAAAAAAAAUCUCAUUGUUCAUCUUGUACUUUGGAUUGGAUUGAUUUUAAUGUUGGCUUUAAAAAUAUAAAGAAUUUCAGUAAAAAUUUUAAGGCAGAGUUGACUUUUCCGAAAGUAGGAAAUAAAAAAAUUCCCGGCGUGGACACAAAACAUGUAGUGUUGAAAUGCAUCGGAUAUGCAAACAACGAUUCGGAAAACCUUUUAAAAGAUCUUCUAAAUGAUAAAUGUUUUCUCGGCUCGGAUCAUAUUCUCCCUUACUACGGCGUGACUCUGCAUCCUGUCCUCAAAACCUAUAUGAUUGUAAAACCUUAUGUUACAAACGGUAAUCUUAGGGAAUAUAUAAAAUCGCCAGAAAACUACCACCUUUUUAGUUGGUGGCGUAGAAUAAUUUUACUUUACACUCUUGCCGUGACUUUGGCAAAUCUACACGACAAUGGUGUCAUACAUAAAAACUUCCACCCAAAUAACAUUCUAAUCGGAAAAGAUGUAGAAUUUCCCAUUAUCACAGGUUAUGGAUUAAUGUCAAAAUUACCUUACACCGUCAGAAGGGAAGAUAAAUACAAUGGAAAGUCUCGUGUGGUCGAAGGUGUAUUGCCAUACAUUGACCCCGUGGUAUUUGAAGAUUCUAGUAGCGCAAAAUUUACGGAAAAAUCUGACGUCUAUAGCUUUGGAUUUGUUAUGUAUGAAGUUGGCACUGUUGGUUUGACUUUCACAAAUGUGCCUCACGACGAGGAUUUGAUCAGAAAGAUUUCAGCUGGACUGAGACCAGUGAUUCCUGAUGAUAUUCCAAAAUUUUUUGCUGAAUUAAUUAAAAUGUGUUGGGAUGCGGAACCGGAUAAAAGACCGAGUAUGAGAGAAGUUGCCAAUAUACUCAAAUAUUGGAGGAACCAUCAAGUGGAUCGUAAUUUUGGAAAGACAGUUUACAAGACCUCUACGUGUGGUCAUGAGGAAAAGAAAAGUUAUGACCUAACUAUUUUUGAUUCUUUUCAAAAAGCAGAAGAAUUUCGUCAGUUUAACGGGACAUCCACUGCUGAUAGAUUUGUGAGACUUCAUGCAGAAGCAUUUUAUUAUAGUCGUCGUCUUGAAAUUAAUCCAAUACCAAAACCACCAAAAAAUUGCGAGAUUCACCAACAGUCAGGACCGGUCCACCCGAUUAAGCAAUAUUUAUACCCUUACGAAGGAGGAUUGAUCUUGUUAAAAGAAAAUUACGAGAUCAAUUUGGCAGCUGGACAAGCGGAAACAAAGACAUCGAUCAAUAUAUCGAAUAUACUCAAACUCUUGCCCCAUCUCGGGAAGGAUGUCUAG